AUGGAGAAGCAUAAAGUUCCGCUCAACACCCUCAAGGAGUGUCUCCAAUUCUUGCUGUGGUUGCAUCAAAAUGGUGAUAAGCAACAAGAGGUGGCCGAAGCACUGCAUAGGCGUCUUAGUGGCAAAUACAAUACUGUUGGUAAAAAACUAAUUGAGCAGGCACUGUCCCAAUUCCUCACUAAUGUGUCUAGGUUUCAUACGAAACUAUGCACAAAGCCACAGCAGAGCAAAAUUAAUCCAAGCACCGCCACAACUGUCCUCAACGCUCUGCUUGACUGCAUUCCCAAGUUUUUAGCCGUGAUGUACUUUUUGAGGUACCAGGUGGACAUAAGAUUCGCUAAGCUGGGAGGGGGGAAAUGGAAGGGCCUGCAGAUUGGUGGAAGUAAAUAUCUGGGUGGUGAUCUGCAGGCAUAUCUCACUGAACCAUCCAGCUCUAAAUAUGGUGUCAUUCCUGGAGGAUUCGGUAGACUAGAUUUGAGACGUGAUUACCGCCAGGCUUCUCAAAUGGCCAAUGACCUUACAGCGAUUUGUGAAAAGCAUUCCCAUAUGCCAAAUAUACAAAAUUUUUUCCUCGACGUCUUCACCACAUCCGUGUUGUCUACUGCCGGCCCGGAUACUCCUAAUACAGCCAAUGCCCUGGCGUUGGUGAGCACAUUAUGUGGGAUUGUGGAUGCAGAACCGGACACAGUGAAGGGGGGACAGCUAAAACCAAAAAUGGAUGAGAGUUUAAAUGGUGAUAAUGUUAAAAAAUGUAUUUGUUGGAGCUUUAAAAGGGACCGUAAUAGGCUUAGCGAAAAAGAGUUCGCUGAAGAAACUGCAAAAUGGUUGAGAGAGAAUUUGGACAAAGUGAAGACUAAUUUGGGUAACAUUAAAAUAGAUGAAGGUGUCUUGAAAAUCCUCAGGAAAGAUCAUGGGGAUUAUUUCACCAAAAAGUUCUUCCCAUAUGGCUUUACGUUUGACAGAUAUAACUUAGAAGGACAGAAAACGCCUCAUGAUGUUUUGUCCGGUGAUUGGAGUAGUGUAAUUAAUGAGCUUACAAGAGAGCAUGAAGGAUUGGAGAAAUUGAAAAAGAUUUUGGAAGGUCAGGAGUGUCCACCGGAGCCUCCCCAUGAAGUAGUGCCGGAGAAGAAGGUUCCGGUUGUGCCACCUAAAAAGUCUGAGGCCCCGCCUGCCACUAAAACUGAAGGGAAUCAAAAUCAAGGCAAGAAAAGUGAGGGAGCACAGAACCAGGGGAAGAAGGUGGAUGGAACUUCACCUUCACCAACUGGAAAGUCUGUUGUUCACACCCAGUCAUCCGGUGGUCCAGGAGAUGCAGGCCCGGCAGGGCCUAACGGUGAUGCAGGCUCAAAAGGGUCUACUGUUACAGUGUUGCCGGGGUCUCCAAUUUCUCCAGGUUCGCCAGUUCAAAAUGCUGAUCAGCGUCAACGCACUGAUGAUACACUCUCGCCAGGGCUUCCACCUCCGCCGCCUCCUCCCCGUCUUCCUGGAGGCGGUGACGCCGUUGGUCAGCCGGGUGUAGGUCAGCUUUCACCUACCGGUGAUGCUUCAGGUUCACAGUCUAUUCCCCCUCCAAUUACAAGUCCUACUCAGACUCCGAGUGUUGGAGGUUCAAGCCCUGGGUCACAAGGUGGUCAAGAUGCUAGUCAAUCAACAAGUCAACCCUCCGAUCACGAUCCAAGCAGCGUCGGUGCUCCGUCGGGUGCCCCGGCGCCUGGUGUCGGUGAGAAUGGAGGGGGUGGGUGUUCUAAUCCGAUAAAAUUCCCUGCUGAAUUCGGCGGUGGAAAAUACUGUCCCCGAGAUGGUAAGACAUGGGAUUCCGCUGAACGAAGGAAAAUGCAUGAAGAGUGGGAUGAAAAGGUAAAAGAAGCUAACCAACGAGUAGCAGAGAGGAGACGGCAGAGGGAAGAUAGGCUCAGACAGCAAAAGGAGGCAGAGGAGCACAAGAGGGAAGAUGAGGAGCGUAGAAAGCAAGCAGAAUAUGAGUACAAAACACUCGAAUUGCAAAAGAGGAUGCCUUAUCUGGGUGGGCAAAAUGUUUUCUCUCCAAGCCGCUCUACUUACUUUGGUGGACUGGAUGGGAACGAUCUGGAGGAUGACUAUGAUAAUGGUUCCGAUCUCAUAAAGCAGCAACAGGCUGCGGAAGCAAAAUGGAAAAAACAACAAGAAGAUGGUAAACGCCUAAAACAGUCCGAUGACUAUGCCGCCCGGCAGCAGGAGAAACGGAGGGAAGCCGCCGACGCAUUGCAGAAGAAAUUGGACGAAGGAGAUCCACAAGCAAAAAAGGAAGCGGAUUGGGUCAAACAGGCAGAAGAGAAGGAACUCAGGCAGCAGAGAGGUCUGCAGGAGUAUUUGAAUUACUUGCAACGGCAUAGGAAUAAUCACGCUCCAGUCAUCCGUCAUCCUCUCCCGGAGCCGGGUGAUUUGGCCUUGGAGGGUGAAAUCGUAAAAAAUGACAGUGAUAUGGAGCUGCAAGAUCCAUCGGAAAUUGGUCAUGAACGCUAUUUAAUUUCACGUGGUGCAGAGAUAAAACGAAGGAGGGAAGAGCUGAACAAACAUCAAAAGGAAGCUGCAGGGCGUUAUAAAUCUUAUGAGGAACAGAAAUACGCAAAUGACCAGCGGGAUGCUAGCGACGUGUUCACUGGCAUUGUACCGUCAAACGCCAGAGGCAUGCCAAAAGUUUCUGUGCCCGAAGUCUUGGCAUCUAUUGUUCCCGUGGGCCACACGAUUAAGCCUCCGAAAUGGCCGAGACCUCCAAAAAACACGCCGUACGUGAGAGAUAUUCUGGACGUGACAGGCCACCGUGUUUUGCAACCUGACCCAAUGCGUUCACCCAUCCCGUCAGAGACCAUCGCGCCUCCCAUGUCCUUGAUGACGGAAUUCAGCGGAUCGCCUACUGAUGAUGCAAGGGGAAAUUAUACCAUGCCACCUUCCCCUCAAAUUGAUUUUGAUAUUCAGAAAGUUUACACUCCGGACAAAGCGUAUGAAAAUGAAGGUUUUCAAUACAUUCCGUUACCUGUAAAAUAUAACAAGAUUGCAUCACAGUCUGAUCUGCCCCCGCUGUCUCCUUAUCUCGAGACAUUCGAUCCGGAAAGUCUCACAUUUCCCACAGUAGAAAUGUGCGUCGCUCCCUGGGCGAGUCAGCAUCCUGCUGCUGCUACCGAUAUCCCCGAGACGGAGCUGUUCCCCUCCGAGGCGCCGCGUACAGUCAGGGAUAUGCUUGUUUGGCUGGCCGGACUGCGACAUCCGAAGCACCAAGAGACUCUGACACAGUGUAUUAAUAACGCAUUCAAGCGCGGCGAUGAUAUCUCUGCCAGCCUCACACUCCCAGUCAACGAUUCUAGUAUCGCCGCCAAAGACGUCAUCGACACCAUCCACCUUGCCGCCAUUUUUGCAGGCUCAGUACUAUCCGCCGUGGCGCCUGAGUGGAGGAUGGCGGUGCCAUCUGCAAAGUCGACGCCUGAGGACCCUGAUUGCUGCGCCCUCCUCUGCCAGCUGCGGGACUACGUCUACGCCUGCUACUACCAGUUGGCAUUCCUGAAGUCGCAGUGUUCUCGGAAUCAAUCUGAUGGCGGUUGGCAAGAUUAUCAGUACGGCCGUGACGUAUCGUUUCCCAAGUCCCCCCUCCAGGCGUUCCUUACUGACACCUCCAACUUCGAGACUCAUCUCUUCGACCCGUGCAACAUCUGUCUCAAGAGCCACGUCAACAUGGGAUUCAAGCAGGAGGAUUUGCCUGAACCUCAGCAAACAGGCAAGCAUAUUUCCACCAUCCUCAGUCCCACCUGCGGCGGCGACGAUCCCCUGCUGACAUUGUCCUCGCACCUCAACUGCCUCACCAGGCGGACGCCGCGCACCACCGGGGAGCUUGUCUCGUUCUUCCACAACUUUGGGAAUUCACUGCACAAUACAUCUUCACAGUUGUCUCAACUGGGCAUCUCCCUCUCCAAGCCACAUGGCCACUGCCCCGAAUGGGACUGUCUUGAGGACGCCGACCUCCGAGUCAUCAAGGACGCCAGGGGCUCCGCCCCUCCCAACUCCAACUCCAUCCACGACAAGGACAAGGACCAUCCCAACAUCCUGUCCACACUGCUUGGCUGUGGCAUCACUAACGCCAAGUGCCCACAACUCAUGAAGCCCAUCACCUACCGGGCCUACGCCCUGUACUCCACGGCGUUCGUCCACCACUACCUCAGCUGGGUGACCUACCUGGCAGACAGACUGUGGGACUCACUGCUCAGGCUGCAAGAUGAUCUCGAGGACCUUCAAUGUCACGACGCCAAAUCCAAGCCCCUCCACCAGUGUGACAAGGCGCUGCCCCUCCUCUACUCUCACGGGUUCACGCCGCCGGACGGGAUACUGCAGCUGUCACUCACGUGUUCCGAGGUCAUCGACAAGCUGUGGGAAGUGGUCAACGGAGAGCCUAUCGCAGACCUUAUGACCGCCAUGGACAAUCUCCUCUACGGCAUCCGGCUCCCCUUCCUCUACACUGUGUUCACACUAUGGUCUGUCGCAGUCUUCCUCUUAGCUCACACGAUGCUUUACCUCCGGGAAGUACUGCCCUCCGCUCACAUCUUUUGA